GGGAACCCACCAGGCGGGGGUCGGGGAGCGGGCGGCCCCAUGAGCUCCUUCGAGGAGUGAAGGGGCGUCCGGGCUGCGCCGGAUCGGGCGCCGAGCCGCCGCGGAGGUGGCCCGAGGUGACGGGAGGCCGGGAGAGGUGCCGCGCCAGUGCCGGGAGCGCUGCCACCAAGGGUCAGCUACAACGUGUCGCUCCAGGAAGACUCCACAAUGAGAAAAACAACCCAGAGUUGCUUCUUACUGAUCAUCCUCCUAAUUAGAAUUGUUCCAAGUCUUUCUUCUACUGUAAAUUAUACUGAUCCUACAUUAGAACCCGUAGUAACUGAAAAUUCAGUCAUACGACAGAAGAUAAUAGAUUCACAGUUCAAAUGCUAUGAGAGGAUGAACAGAGCUCCUCCGUACAAGAAAAAAGGUCUCUUCUGCAACCGAACAUGGGAUGGCUGGUUGUGCUGGGAUGAUACACCUGCUGGAAGGAUCACUGCUCAGAAUUGUCCGGAUUAUUUUCCAGACUUUGAUCCAACCGAGAGGGCUUCAAAAUAUUGUGAUGAAACUGGAAACUGGUUCCGCCAUCCUGAGAGCAACCGAACUUGGUCCAAUUACACCCUGUGCAACUCUUUCACCUCUGAAAAACUGAAGAUGGCGUUCAUACUUUAUUAUAUGGCGAUCGUUGGCCAUGCUUUGUCUAUAACAUCCCUUUUGAUUUCCUUGGCAAUUUUCUUCUAUUUCAAGAGCCUCAGCUGUCAAAGGAUAACACUGCAUAAGAAUUUGUUUUUUUCAUAUGUGCUGAACUCCAUGUUUACAAUUGCCCACCUCAUUGCUGUUGUCCCUAACCCGGGCCUUGUAAAAAGGGAUCCUGUAAGCUGCAAAGUGCUGCAAUUCUUUCAUCAGUACAUGCUGGGGUGCAACUACUUCUGGAUGCUCUGUGAAGGCAUUUAUCUUCACACACUGAUUGUAGUGGCAGUGUUUGCUGAAGAGCAGCGUUUGCACUGGUAUUACCUCUUGGGCUGGGGGUUCCCUUUAGUGCCAGCAUCCAUUCAUGCUGUUGCAAGAGCCAGAUACUUCAAUGACAACUGCUGGAUGAGUGUUGACACGCACCUGCUCUACAUUGUUCAUGGACCUGUAAUGGCAGCUUUGUUGGUCAAUUUUUUCUUUUUGCUUAACAUCGUCCGAGUUUUGGUGACAAAGCUGAGAGAUACCCACCGUGCUGAGUCCAACAUGUACAUGAAAGCUGUCAGAGCUACUUUAAUCCUGGUGCCCUUACUAGGAAUUCAGUUUGUUAUUAUUCCCUGGAGACCAGAAAACCGACUUGCUGGAGAAAUAUAUGAUUACAUCAUGCAUAUAUUAAUGCAUUACCAGGGCUUACUUGUGGCUACUAUAUUCUGCUUCUUCAAUGGUGAGGUCCAGGGAGCUUUGAAGAGGCAAUGGACACAGUACAAAACCCAGUGGGGCCAAAGGCGCCGCGAGCACUGUUCCACACGAUCUACCUCCUACACGGCAACAUCCAUCUCAGAGGUCCCCGUUUACCUGUAUCAUCACGAUUCCAACAAUGAACAGCUAAAUGGAAGAUACGCAGAGGACUCUGAACUCGUUGCAUUAAAGUCUGGAGAGACAUCUACCUAGCUCAGCACCAGCCAUUGCAAACACACUGAUUCAUGUUCCACCUGCGAACAAAGUGGAGAGAAGGGUGGGAGUGUGGAAAUCCAAGAUGCUGUGUCAGAGUGCAGGCCCAGGUGGGAGGACACAUCAUAUUCAAACCACAUCAGCCUCUGACAGCAAUGGUGUGAGGGAGUCUGAUGCAGACCUGGAAAUAGUAUUUCUUCCUGUGCUCUGCAGCAGGGAGUGAACAUGGACCUGCCCAGCAGGCCAUGUAAUCUCCACAUCUCCUGAUACCAGCCAUAUAAAGUGACCAUCCAACAUUAGUAACAACUCCAGGUAGCCCAUAGCAAAUAGGAAAGAAAGAACCAUUAUGUGGCAAUUGGAAACUUUCAGCACUUUUUGUUUUCUCUACUUUUAACACUAGUUUUUAAACUACCAACUUUCACAAUAUGUAACUGGCUUAGAGUCCUUUAUUUUUCCCUUUUAAUGAGCUUAAUGACUGCUUAAAAGAUUUUGCACACUGCGUGACAAAUCAAAUACAUGAACAACAGAAAAUCCCUCCAAAGUAUUGAAAUCCUGAUGAUUUCCAAAGGAUGCCUCAAAAUAUUACCAACCCCAAAGGAUACCCAGAAUAUUAUCAUUACCUUAGCAGGUGCAUAAAGCAAAUGAAGGUAAAAUAGUCAUUGCACACCAAGAUCUCAAACAUCCUCAAAGAAACAGAUCAUUUCUUCAGGCUGCAUCACACAAAUCCUGGAGGCAUCUCAAAACAGUUUUUGUUUAACAGUAAUGAGAGUUCAAGAAUAUUUAUUUAUAGGAAAAAUUGUCAUUCUACUUUGCCCAGAAACUCACCAUUAAGGCACAAUUUUUUGUGACAUUUGAUUGGAAAUUACAGUUUUAUUUAAUGGACAUUCUGAGAUUAAGGCUAGAUGAGUGCUUGUCUCUGUUAUAAAAUUGUGAUCAUGACAGUAAAGGUAAAGUAAAGAUGCCAUGUAAGAAAUGAGAAACUAAUGUCUUGGCACAGGACGCAUCUGUUUUUAGAAUCUUGUUUCUCUCUUGAGUCCCUAAUCAUUAGAUAGUCCUGUCAAAAACCUUGAUAACCAAUUUCAGAUUCUAUUGAAAUUAGCAGAUAAAUCCCUGCUGACUUCAGUGAGUGGUGAACAACUUUCUUCAGUGUUCAGGAAUGACUUAUGCAAUACAGUUCAGUGUAGACCUCAAAAACUGUAGACCACUUCCUCCAUUCCUUCAAAUCCAUAGUGAUUUGAAACAAUUUUAUAAAUAUCCAGCCAGGCUGUUUUUCCUUGUUUUACCCUUAAUUUAUAGAUAUUAAAUAGAGGGACAAUGUACGUGUCUACCCACAUGACUCACCAUCUCGCUGGAAAAGUCCCUUCCAGGAAUGAGUUCAUGAGGGAUAGGCAUAAACCUAACACUAAGAGAGGGGACUGAAUUCCCACUAUUCAUACAAGAGGUGAUGCCUUGCAGGGGAGAGGGAUGAUCCAUUUUUGCCACCAGCACACACACACAGCCUCUGUGGACCACCAACACUUCCCAGUGUGAGGAGUGAGCUGCGUGGAGCGAAAGAGAGGAGCUGGGGAACAAGAACAAGCUGUCUUGCAAAAUCACAUGGUUAAUCCCAUGGAACACUUACAA